AUGGCUGAAAAGAGAUUAUUUAAGGAGUACAACCAGUACCAGAAACAGUUACCACAACUCAACAAUGAUCAGAUUGUAUCGUUAAGCCCGGUCUCGCCAGACAAGAACAUUUUAUUAUGGGAAGCCACCAUUGCCAAGCCCGGCAAACCCGAUUCUCCGUAUUACUAUGGCGGGCAAUGGAAGUUGAGUAUAAGUGUGCCGACGUCGUAUCCUAUUGAUCCGCCAGUGAUAAAAUUUAUCACGCCCAUAGUGCAUCCAAAUAUAAAUUUGACGACUGGCGAAAUAUGUCUAGACAUUUUAAAGAAGGAAAGCUGGUCACCGGCAUGGAAUCUUGAACACCUUGUGGUGGCCAUUUUGAUGUUGUUGGACCAACCAGAACCGGAUUCGCCGUUAAAUAUCGAUGCAGCAAACUUGUACAGACAAGAUAAGGUUGCGUAUGAGAGUAUAGUUCAGUUUAAUAUGUGGAAACACCACUGUUUCAAAAGUGCUGUGCGAAACAUCAGAGGGGUUAGAGAUUGUGUAUAG